AUGUCCACCCAGAAUCUGCUAACCGGCGCGUGCACGAGCUCCGCUCCGACCCCGCCCGAGGCUGAGGGAGGGGACAGGACGCCUCUAGCGGACGCGGCGAACGCGGCGGAAGAGCUGUACCGCCUCCGUGACACCUUCUUCCCCCGCGACCCUGCCGAGAAGGCCGCCGCACUCCUUGCCCGCGCCGACGCCGCCCUCGCCCUCCUCGACGCCCUCCCGUCCGAACAAAAGAAGUCUCCACAACUGCGUGGUGUUUAUGAAUUUUUGAGGGGAAAAAUACUGGAUGUCUUUCCUGACUAUCAUAAGGAGGCUGAAGAUCAUUUAUCCAAAGCAGUAAAGCUGAAUCCAUCUCUUGUAGAUGCAUGGUUAUGUUUGGGUAAUUGCAUUUGGAAGAAGGGGGAUCUAUCUGCAGCAAAGAAUUGCUUUUCAUUAGCACUAGGAAAGGGUUCAGAUAAGAAAAUACUGUGCCAGAUCUCCAUGCUUGAAAGAAGUAUGGCUCAAGGUAGUGCAGACCAGGCGCUUUUAGUAGAAGAGAGCAUUAAGCACGCAAAAGAAGCUAUUAUGCUGGACAUUAGAGAUGGCAAUUCUUGGUAUAAUCUGGGAAAUGCUUAUCUCACUAGCUUCUUUGUGGGAGGAGCCUGGGAUCACACUAAGCUUCAUCAUUCAGUGAAAGCAUAUCAAAAUGCUGAGAAGGAUAAAACUAUGAAUUUAAAUCCAGACCUCUACUAUAAUUGUGCCACAGCUGACAAAUAUUUAGAGAAUUACGAAAGGGCCCUUCGUGGAUUUGAAGUUGCAGCUUUAAAAGAUCCUGGGCUUGGUGCUGAUACAGAAGUUCAGAAGAUCAUCAGUCUCCUUGAUAAGCUUGAGAAUGCAAUGAAGGGACAAUUACGAUCCAAAAAAUUAGCAUCAUUUGUGUCAUCCUUGAGUGGUGUCAAAUUGAAAUCAUCGCACAAGAAAGCCACCAUAACCACUCUAUCAGAGGGUUUAAACAAAGCCGUUGCUGUUUUGGGAAAAGUUGUUCUUUUCAUAAGACAUGACAAUGUUGCUCCACUAUGCCACCGCCUCCCUUUGCAGCUUCGUCCACCUCUUCCCUGCAUUUGUGGCCCAGUAUUGCUUGCUGCCCAGAAGCUCGUGAGGGGCAAGUCACUGGCUCCCAUCCUUACCUCUGUCAGGGCGCCUUCCCUCAAGCACCACCAGAUCUGGUGCCUCAAGCGGACAAGCACUGCUGGAUCUCUUCCCUUGAGCACUGUUGGAUCCCUUACUGAAGGUGCCACUGCCGACCGCCGGUUCACCCCUCCAGCUCCACGGGAUUACGAAGAUGAGCUCCUAAUCCUUAUUGUUCUCUUCCUCCAUCAUCCUGCCUUGCUCUACUACUACUGCUGCUCUAGCACUCUGGGUUAG